AUGACCUUAGACUUUGUAAUGUUUGGAUUUAUCUUCUUAAAAUUAUUGUUGGCUCAAAUUAACGAGGAAGCUGUAGAUGAGCUUUACAAAGGUCGUAAGCCCAACCUUUUGUCCGAAGCAAAACCUGAUGACAGGCUGAGAUUCGACGAGGUUCAGGAGCAGGACAUACGUGAAAAUGAUUGGCUUCGUCUGUACACUGAUUUCGCACUUUACUGCUACUGGCAGUAUAAUGAGGUCGCAUUCAAGUCUUGCUUGCCUGCCGAGAUCAACAAGAUACUUGUGGAAACCUUCGAAACUCAUAGAGACCCAUCUCUAAAGGUCAAGUCUAAUAAUGCCAUCUUCCACAUCAACUUCACCGCCAAGAGCUGUGACUACAUAUCCGUUGUCAGGAGGAUUACGGAUGGGAGAACAGGGCAUAUAAUACUCGAAAUUAGUACCUGGACCAACCCACCAAGCUCCGCGUGA